AUGAACGUGCAGGAGGAGCUGCAGCUGCAGGAGUGGGUGCUGCAGCACCUGGACCCCCCGGCGCCUCAGCAGCAGCAGCAGCAGCAGCAGCAGCACGAACAGCAGCAAGACCAGCAGCAAGAGCAGCAGACGGGCGACUGGCACAAUGCAGUUGCUGAUGCCUGUGUACAAGGGCCUCACCCGGUGAAGCAGCAGCAGCAGCAACAGCAAGAGAAGCUCCAGAAGAGGCAGCAACAGCAGCUCGAAGAGCCGCUGCAGCAGCAGCAGCAGCAGGAGCAAGAGGACCAGCAGCAAGAAGCAGCAGGCGUCCCUCUGCGCUCGACGCUGCUGCUGCGCCUCCAGAGACAUCUGCAUUUUGUCGCAGGGCUGCGCCGCGAGCAGCAGCAGCAACAGCAGCAGCAGCCACAGCAGCAGCAACAACAACGGCAGCAGAAGCAGACUGCCGCCCGUGAUUUGCAGCAGGCAGCAUUAGAAAGACAACAGCAGCAAAAGGAGCAGCAAAAUCGAGAACAGCAGCCUGAUAAAGCUGCUGCUGCUGCUGCGGCAGGCACAACCCAGCAGCGGCAGAUGAAGCAGAAGGAGCAGCAGCAGCAGAAAAAGCAACAGCAGCAGGUGCAGCAGCAGCAGCAAGUUCGUGUGGCUUCUGAAUGCGCUGCUGCUGCUGCUGCUGGAAGCCUGUGGGAGGCCUUGCUGGCAGAGACAGAGAGGGAGGCGUCUGCUGCUCCUGCUGCUGCUGCUGCUGCUGCUGCUGCUGCUGCUGCUGCCCGGCGAAAAGCUCUGCGUUCCGCUCAGUCUAAGGGUGCUGCUGCUACUGCAGCAACUUCUGCUGAUGCUGCAGCAGCAAGAGAUGCUGCAGCAGCACAAGGCGCUGCAGCAGCAAAAGAUGUUGCACCAGCACAAGACGCUGCAGCAGCAGAAGAUGCUGCAGCAGCAGCAGAAGAUGCUGCAACAGCAACAAAAGAUGCGGCAGCAGGAAGAGAUGCUGCAGCAGCACAAGACGCAACAAAAGAUGCAGCAGCAGCAAAAGAUGCUUCAGCAGCACAGGGCGCAGCAGCAACAAAAGAUGCUGCAGCAGCAAAAGAUGCUGCAGCAGCACAGGGCAUUGCAGCAGCAAAAGGCACUGCAGCAGUAAAAGAUGCAGUAGCAGCAAAAGAUGCAGCAACAGCACAAGGCGCAGCAGCAGCAAAUGAUGCUGCAGAAGCCAAAGAUGCCGCAGCAGCACAAGGCUCUGCAGCAGCGAAAGGCACUGCAGCAGCAAGAGAUGCAGCAGCAGCAAAACCUCCAAGGCCGCCUUUGCCUCGAGCUUGCAGCAGGGAGCCUCUCUGCCCUCGGCGGCCCCCAGUUCGUGCUGCUGCUGCUGCUGCUGCUGCUGCUGCUGCAUCGCCUACCUCGGGCCAGACAUCAGGAAGCUGCCUACAUCGUAGCUGCGGCAACAGCAGCAGCAGCCGCAGCAGCAGCAUCUGCAGCAGCAACGCCCCAAACAACGCCAGCCAGAGGCAGCAGUGCAUGACGCAAAGCCCACAGCGUGCUGCUGCUGCUGCUGCUGCUGCUGCUACACGCGCUGCUGCUGCGCGUGCUGCUGCUGCACGUGCUGCUGCUGCGCGUGCUGCUGCUGCACGGAAGAACUCACAAGAGCUGCAGGCCCCAAAACAUUUGUCUGCUGCUGCAGAAUCAGCAACAGCAGCAGCAGCAACAGCAGCAGCUACUGCGGCGGCAGAACCUCCAGCAGCAGCUUCUGUUGCUGCACGAAAAGCAGCAGCAAUAGCAGCAGCAGCACCAGCGCCAGCCGCCGUAUCGCCACAGAGCAUGCAGCAGCAGCCAGCAGCAGCAGCAACAGCAGCAAGAGCACCAGCAGCAGCAACCGCAUCAGCAGCAGGUCGCUGCCCUCGGCAUUCGGCUGUUCCCGCCAGGCAACACCAGAAGCACCGAGCGCUCUGCAUGCGGCGGCAGCAACUGCAGCAGCAGCAGCAGCAGCAACAGCAAAAGCAGAAACAACAGCAAGGUCCAGUAAAAACGCAGCAGCUGUCUGCGCAGCAGCAACAGCAGCAGACGCAGUUGUGCAUGCGUUGCUGCUGCACCUCCUGCAGCGAGCUAUCUCCAGCAAGCAGGCAGGAGCAGCAGCAGCAGCAGCAGACUUGUAAGGCGGCAGCAGCAGCAGCUGCAGCAUCACCUGCUGAGGCUGGAGCGGAAGCAGCAGCAGCAGCAGCCAAAGGCUGCUGCUGCUGCUGCUGCCUGACGCCUGCUCGUGGUGUCCCUGGGGUUUGCCCUCGGCCUCCAGCAGCAGCAGCCUCAACAGCAGCAGCAGCAGCAGCUGCUGCUGCUGCUGUUGCUGCAGGUUCAGCUGCACAUACACCGCACGGGGAUCGCAGCCUCUCUGCGGGGUCUCUAAGAAGCUUUGAUGUGCUGACGCCCCCCCAAAGCAGCAGAAGACAGCUUCCUCCUUGCUUGCUGGGCCGUCAUUCUGCUGCUGCUGCUGCUGCUGCUGCUGAUCAAGGCGACCUGCCUCUGCAGCAGCGUCAGACGAAUGCCUCCCAAGAAGCAGGUCUACCUCCUGCUGAAGCAGCAGCAGCUGCUGCUGCUGCGGCUAAAACUGCUGCUGCAGUUCACUGUUGCCUACAAAGGCGCCGCCAGCAGCAGCACCUGCUGCAGCAACACCUGCAGCAGCAGCAACUGCAGCAGCAGCACAGAGUCACAUGUCAAGACACCGCGGGAGCAUCCAAGGCACCGCAGGCCCCAACUGCUGCUGCUGCUGCAGGAUCGGCAGCAGCAGGCUUUGCCAGCCAUCAGCCUGCUGCUGCACCUGAGGAGACAGAUCAGCAGCAGCAGCAGCAGCAACAGCAGCAGCAACAGCAGCAGCCCCGAGUGCUCCUCACCCAGAGGAAGCCCCAGAAUUGCCCGAGGAAGCACGUUGUGCUGCUGAUGCCCGCUGCAGUGACGCACAGCAGCAGCAGCAGCAGCAGCAGCAGCAGCUACAACAACAGUUGGAGCCCAGCAGCCCCCACCACUCGCCAGCUACUCAAGCUUCCGGCUUCAGCAGCAGAAACAGCAGCAGCAGCAGCAGCAGCAGACCUACAGUGCAGCAGGGGAAUGCUCAUCUGCGACAGCGCCCGCACACUGUCCCCAGAUGAUUUGCUGCAGCUGCAGCAAGAGACGCACCAGCAGCAGCAGCAGGAGGAGGAAACACAGCAGCAGGAGGAAACACAGCAGCCGCAGCAGCAGCAGCAGCAGCAGCAGCAGCAGCAGGAAACACAGGAACAGCAACAGCAGCAGCAGCAGGAAUGGCUUUACGGAGAGAGCAGCAACGCGCAGUUUGAGUCUUUGCGUGUUGAACAUCAGUGCCAGGCCCCUUUGCUGCAGCAGCAGCAGCAGCAGCAGCAGCAGCAGCAUAUGCAGCAGCAGAAGCACCUGCACCAGAAACAGCUGCAGCAGCAGCUGCAGCAGCUGCCACAGCAACAUCGGCUGCAUCACCAGGAGCAGCUUGGGGCGCAGCAGCAGCAGCAGCAGCAGCAGCCCAGUACAGUAAAUCUGCUUUUGUCUGUACCUGAGUGCUUCUCUUGUGUGCCGUGGCAGCAGCAACAGCAGCAGCAGCAAGUGCAGCAGCUUCAAUUCCAGCAGCAGCAACAACAAUUACAGCUGCAGCACCUUCAGGCACCUAUUAGCCAUCAGUACCUGCAGCAGCAACAGCAGCUGCAGCAGCUGCAGCAGCAGCAGCGACUGCAGCAGCAGCAACUGCAGCAGCAGCAUCUGCAGCUUUUGCAUCCAGAACUGCAGGAGAUGCAGCAGCAGCAGCAGCAACUGCAGCAGCAGCAGCUGCAGCAGGAGCGGCUCCUUUUCCAAGGGCAACGGUGCUGCGCUGCUCAUACACCAGAGCUCGGGACAGAGCACAACAGCAGCAGCAGCAGCAGCAGCGUCGCCUUUCAUACCCUUUUGAAUCCACAGCGAGAUCAGCUGCUGGUGCUGCAGCAGCAAGUGCAGCAGCAACUGCAAAUGCAGCAGCAGCAGAAGGCCUCAUUGCAGCAGAAUCAUUGCUGCAGCAGGCUAUGCAGGCUGCCGGUUGCCCCUAACGUUGAUGUGCUGCAGCAGCAGCAACAGUUCCAGCAGCAACAGCUGCAGCAGCAGCAGCAGCAGCAGCAGCAGCUACAGCAGCUGCAGCAGCAGCAGUUGCUGCUUCAGCAGUUGCAGCAACAGCAGCAAAUUUCCCCCGGCAGUAACUGCACACCGCAGUUCUCUCAACCCACGAAACAGCACCAAGUGCAGCAGCAGCAACAGCUGCAGCAACGGCAGCAGCAGCAGCAACAACACCUGCAGCAGCAGCAGCUGCAGCAGCAGCAGCAGCAGCAAGGAUUGCUGCAGUGCUUUGCUCUGAGUGGGCCUCAGCCUUCGUUUGGGAGUGUGAAGAGCACCUCAGGCACUACAGCUGCGCCAACUCUGCUGCAGCAAAUGCAUGCACAGCAGCAGCAGCAGCAGCAGCAGCAGAAGCAGCAGCAGCAGCUGCUGCAGUUUAACGAUGUGGAGCCCCUGGAGGAUGGGUGCUGCAGCGUUAGUUGCUGCGACGCGCCUCCAGUGCAGCCGCUGCUGCCUGCUGCUGCUGCUGGCAGUACACCACAUGAGCUUGCUGUGGGGCCCCAGCAGCAGAAGCAGCAGGUGCAGCAGCAGCAGCAGCAGGUACAGCAGCAGCAGCAGCUUCAAGUGCAGCAACAACCUGCGAGUAAGUUGCAGCAGCAGCAGCAGCAGCAGCAUCGCAUGCUGCAGCAGAUGUGGGGAGGCAGCGCUGCAGCAGAGCUGCAUGCCUACAACUGGGGAGUAGAGGAGCAGCAACAGCAGCAGCUGGAGCAGCAGCUGCAGCAACAGUUGCUGCAACAGCAAGUGCUGCUGCAGCAGCAGCAGCCAGGAGUAAUGCGGCUGCUGCAGUUGGCCGCAGCAGGUAGCCGUCAGCUCAGAGAAAGAGUUGUUAGAGACCUCCCUAAAGAGGUAGAGAUAACUGCAGCAGCAGCAGCAGCAGCAGCAGCAGCAGCAGCAGCAACAGCUGCAAGUUGCCCUACACAAUGCACAAACCCUGCAGUUGCAGCACCGCUAUAA